UGCCACCCAUUCGAUGAACUUGAAGGAGCAGAGGGUCAAGAAUAUAAAUGAAAUACUCAGCGAAGAUUCAGAGCAAAAAACUGGCAGGAUUUUGAGCAGGAAGCCUGUGAAUUUGGUUUGGAUCGUACUUUCAACGAUCCUGACGGUAGCAUCAUUCGUUUUUGCCGUAGGAGUGUACAUGAACAAGGACGUGUUCGGAAAAAACACCGAUUUAUACCACGUUUGCUGGCACGUGUGUGUCGUAGUGUUCUUUUUCUCUAUGGUUAACGCGAUGCUGCUCAUGUUGGCACGGGUAAUUGAUCCAACGGGUAAGGAGCCAAGCUUUCUAGCGUAUCUUCUCGAUCAGAACAUGAUGCUGCUGCGUAUCACGCUGUGUCUUGGCUUUUACUUGGUGAUGCUCGUGCUGGUAGUAUCGAUAAAGAACAUCUUUUCGCCUAUGCCGGUUAUAACAGCACCAGACAGUCAGCCAGUCAUCGUUCCUAAGGAUCCCUCGCAGGUCUCCGACAGCGAGCCGGAAGUGAAAGAGGAAAAAAUCAACAAAAUCAAGUUUCAGGAUUAUAUCGAGAGAAAGUACGAAAACAUAAUCUUUGCAAUGCUGCUGCUGUGCACCACGUUGCUUGCAAAGAGAGCCUUUCUGCAGUACAUCAACCACCGGAUACACUUCCAGUACUACAAGAAUCGGAUCGCGAAGAACAAGAUGAUUGUUCAGUACCUGCAGAACAUCAACAACAUCACAGGCACAGAGCCGAACGGAGAUGAAACAGAAUGGAGCAACGUGAUUUUCGAUUCGAUGCGCAUGGACAAGGAGGUGCUCACACUCGGUGAUUUCAGAAAGUUCUUCGGUGCAAACGACGGCACAAAAAUUUUUGAACUGUUUGACAUUGACGAAAACAACGAGGUUACCAGAGAAGAAUUUACCAAGCGGUACAACUCGCUGCUCAAAGAAAAAAAGCAGCUUGAUGCUGCACUUGUCCAAAACACCUACAAUAUCUACAAAUUUGACUGUAUAUUGUCGGUCGUUAUCUUUCCGGGACUGUUCUUCUUGGUGUUCAUCAUUCUUGGUGCGCAAUCUGAGUUCAGAAAUUUUUUGAAAUCGCUUGGCGCUCUCAUACUUUCGCUCUCCUUCGCGUUUUCUAAGUUGGUGAGCGACACCUUCCAGUCGUUGAUCUUUGUGUUCUUUAUAAGGCCGUUUGAUAUAGGCGAUAUCAUUGAGAUAGAUGGCAAGACGUACCUUGUCGCGGACCUCGGCCUGCUCUACAGCACGCUGCUGUCCGACAGCCGGUAUGAAACCUUCCCAAAUGAGCUGCUCAGAAACCAUAGCAUAAAAAAUUUGCGGAAGUCCACGCACGUUACGGCAACAUUCCCCUACUGCUUCACGUACGAUGACUACAGCAAGCUUGACAAACUCAAAGAAAUGAUAACCACGUUUCUGCUCGAUAACCCUACGAAAUACCAUGAGGAGUUCAGCAUCAACAAUUUUGAGAUAAUAUCCAAGGAAAAAAUGAAAUUUACCAUCGGAAUAACUCUCAGCUGCCCGUACCAAGAAACCGGGACAAUUGUUGAGCGGAAAGACAAAUUUGCCCUUUUUGUGCACGAAUGCGUCACAAAAUUAAAAUUUACCUAUGUAGAGACAAAGCCACCUAAAAAAGACACAAAGUGAUGGUCAUUGCAGCCGGCAUUGCUUCGCACGUUUGGUCACGUC